CAUGACUUGAUGUGGACUGGUUCAGGCCAUUUUAUUCUUUGCAAAAGUUCUCAAGUACUGACUGGCUAGAUGUUGACACCAUGCAUUUUUUCUCAUCCUAUAUAGUCACAUCAAACGUCAGGUAACUUCAAGAUGCCUCACCACACAUGCCGCAAAGUAUCCCAAGUCAACCCAAGAUCCACCAAACUAAGUUGCCGCCGCACCUGCACCUGUACCUCUUGAAUAUCCAUUCGAGUAGCCAUUGCUACCACCCUUCUUGGCGGCCUCUGCUAUACAGUCAGUCGAGUUCAGUCAGGAUACCUCGAGUCAGACAUACCCUUGGCGUGCGCAUCUCGCACUUUUCGCUCAGACUCCUCCUCGCGCGCGAAUGCACCUUCACCGCUGGCAUACCUUUGGAAUAGGGACCGGACCGAUAUCCACAUGCUCGCCGGU